CGGGACCCGCAGCGGCCAUGCAGCUCCUGCCUCUGCUCGCCUGGGCGCUGCUGCCAGGCUGCGGGGCACUGACGGGCUCCGGCACCGUGAGGGGGUUCAUGGGCGGUUCCCUGUCGGUCACCUGCACGUACCGGCCGGGCUUGGAGAAGUUCCCGAAGUUCUGGUGCAUACCAAGUGCAUGGACGGUUUAUACCUGUGCUGAGGACAUCGUCAUCACCUCGGAGUCGCAGCCCGAGGUCGUGCGGGGCCGGUUCUCCAUCCGGGACAACCGCGCACACCGGGCAUUCACGGUGACCGUGGGUGAUCUGUCCAUGGAGGACGCGGGCACCUUCCUCUGUGGGGUGCGAAGGGGAAUACUUUUGCGUGAUGAUAGCGCUGCUGUGAAGGUGAUCGUGCUCCCAGCUUCUUCCAUCCCCCCAUCAUCGACCUACGUGACCACCACGUCCUCUGAUCUCAUUCUGUCUGUACCAGGCCACACACAGACAAUUUGCCAGGAGGAAAUUUUGCAAUCAACAUCAAACCCCUCCACCCCUGAACCCUUGAGCGUGGUUGAGCACAUCCUCACUCCAGCCAUCAUUGUGGUCCUUUUUUUGCUUGCAGUGGCUGCUGGUGUUCUAGUAAUACUCUCCAGAAAGAAGAAGGCCACAUCCAUGCUUCGUCCAGCCCUUUCUGGAGCAGCCAUAGAGAUGGACAGGACUUGCAGCAUGUCACCUACAGGAACAGAAGCCUUGAACUAUGCAGAUCUUACCCACGGCCCGGCUGAGAGCCCGUACAGCAAUGCUGAGGAUUUGCACCGCCUGGAAAGGCUCCCAGUGGAGUACACAGAGGUCAGGCAGAGUGCUCAGCUUUCAGAAGAGGAAAAAGAGGCGUUAUAUGCCAGAGUGCAGAAGCCCAAGCCGCAGCAGGAGCAGAUCUACGCCAACAUGCCAUCAGCUCCACGGCCCAGUGAAGAGCCCUACGGCACAGUGUGGGGUAGAUGAGCAAGCACCCAGCCCCAUGGGCUGCUCCUGCUGCUGGCAGCACCUGUGAGACUUGCACAGAGGACAUGGGGUUGAUGUUCUGCUCAGGUAGGAGCCAGCUCGAUAGCAGAGCUGCUGCUCUCCGAGGUUUGGAUGUUUCUUUGAGGCAACACCAGAGAGGAUGAGGUUGUGUGAGGCACAGAGAGGGUUGAAGAUAAAGUCACGCCUUUGCAAAUGCAA